AUGGGAGGAAACUAAAAAAAGGAUAAGAUGGAAUUACAGCAAUGUUCUAUAAAAAAGAAUAGUAAUUUUUUUAAGAAGACAAAAUUAUGAAUUGGCUAAAAUUUAAUCCAUGAUAUGGAUUUCUGAGAUUGGUAGUUUGAGGAGGCACUAGCAAUCUUUGGCAGAGAAGGAUGAAGACUUUGUAAAAUUACAACUCUCAGGCUUUCAUUGCAUGGAGAAGGCAGUUGAAAUGGUGUCAAACUGUAUUCAUUCUACAGCAUAGAUGUACCCUUGGUUGGCAAUUUAAGCUCUUUCCCUUUUCUGUCUCAUUUUACACAUCCUGAUGCUCAUUAAAUUCUUCAUCCAUGUUGGCCUCUCUGUGCUUUGAGAUUUGGCCACUGUGCUUUUAUUUGUGCAGCUGUGAGUGACAAAUUCAACGUAUUUUGAGUAUAAAUACCUGCAAGAGCUUUUUACACAGGAGCAGCUAGAAUAAAGGAAAAUUGCACAGAGAGGAGCACCAGAAAGAAGGAAGGAAGGAAGAAAGGAAGGAAGGAAGGAAGGAAGGAAGGAAGGAAGGAAGGAAGGAAGGAAGGAAGGAAGGAAGGAAGGAAGGAAAGAAGUCAGGGGACGAUGGGAUGCCGAAUGUCUUUCAGUUUUCACCUUUUCGGUUUCUUCCUGGUCAGCUUGCUUUUACAAGAAGUUGAAUCGUGUGACCGGGGCUGGCUGUCCUACAGAGGCUUUUGCUAUGGAUUCUUCCAGGAGAGAAAGACCUGGGCAGAAGCAGAGGUUGACUGCAUCAGCAUGGGAGGCCAUCUUGCCUCCAUCCACAGCUCAGAAGAGUCUGACCGGGUGGCCAAAUACAUCGCUUCCUACAGUCAGAGCAAUAAAAACGUGUGGAUUGGAAUGCAUGUUCCGACUGGUACCAACGAGUGGGCCUGGGUGGAUCGUACCAAGAUAAACUAUGUAGCGUGGAAAACUGGAGCACCCUAUAAUUUCAGUAUUUUUGGAGAUGAGGAAUGUAUCCAGCUGGUGAGCGAACUAGAAUUUCUGCGCUGGAAUGAUGCCGAUAAAAUGAGACCGAUCUCCUACCCCUGGCUCUGCUACUUGGGCCUCCUGAUUGUGAGCCUUUGUUUCAGAAGGGGAACCUGCUAUCGAGACAUUUAUCAAUCUGACUGCAAUGGCGAUCUGUGGUCUGUUCUCUUCCAUCUCCUGCAGGUCAGGUGCCUUCAAUACAACCAGGGACACCUCGCUUCCAUUCUUAAUGAGGAAGAGAAGGAAAUCAUAAGCAACCUCAUUGCCUCCAAGAAUGAAGAUUCUGAUUAUGUUUGGAUUGGGCUGCAUGACCCCCAACAGAACAGGCGAUGGAGGUGGGUAGACCAGUCCAUCACCACCUUUCAGGCUUGGGAUGUGAAUGAGCCUGACAACUGGGGAGGCAACGAGUCCUGUGUCCAGUUGAAUGGCAACACAGGAUUUAAGUACUGGAAUGAUGCCAACUGUUAUUUGGAACUGCCCUAUGUCUGCAAAUAUGACCUCUAGCAGAAGCCGGUCUUUGUGGUGAAUUGCAGCUAUUGGAAACAACGAUCGCCGCACCUUGGACACACCGAACUAUUUUGGUCCCAAUCCAAACCUCGAUCUAUGCAGGGAGUCAAGUUAACUUUCCCUUGAUGAACAACCAAAUAAAAUCUCAUGCAGCCUG